GGGGUUUGUUGACAAAAAUACAAAUCUCGUCUCUUCCCCUUCACGCACUGCACGUGCUUGUUUCUAGUGCAAUAGCUUUAAGCAGCGAUAGAAUUAGAAAGUUUUAACCGAAUAUUGUAUAGUUUUAGAAAAUGAGCUCCCGUAACGUGAUGUCCCGUCUGUUGGUGUUGUCGUCGGUUGGCUUCGGUGGCUAUCUGACUGGAACGUAUCUCGAGCGGAAGAGGCUGACCAUAGCCAGUGAUUAUAUAAACACCGGCAAGGCAGCGGAAUCGUUCUGCUCCAAACCCGGCCUGCCUAUAUUUGGAACCGUGUCCGCAGCCACUCCCAUUCCGGCCGACAGUCCCUCCUCGGCGGUGGUGAAUGUGAGCCGCGUCGGACAGAUUAUGAAGUACGGAUUCCCUGGGCUGGACAAUGUACGGUCGUUCGACGAUUAUGUGCUUUCGUACGAUCGAAGGACACGUGUUGCUCACUGGGUGUUUGAGCAUCUAACGCCCGCAACGGUCAAACACAAUGAUGCAGUGGAUCGGGCCAAGUGUGACUUUAAGCCGGACGAAAGCAUUCACCCGUUCUUCCGCUCGCUAAACACGGAUUACAAAGGGUCCGGGUUCGAUCGGGGCCAUCUGGCAGCGGCGGGAAACCACCGGAUGGAGCAGAAGCAUUGUGAUCAGACGUUCUACCUCACCAAUAUGGCACCACAGGUUGGAGUGGGCUUUAACCGUGACAAAUGGAACGAUCUGGAACGGUACGUGAGAAAACUGACAAAGCAGUAUCCAAAUGUGUACUGCUGCACCGGGCCGCUGUAUCUGCCCCGCCGGGAAGAUGAUGGGAAACUGUACGUAAAGUAUCAGGUGAUCGGAUCGAACAACGUGGCCGUCCCGACGCAUUUCUACAAAGUAAUCGUAAUGGAAACGUCCGACGGAAAGCUUGAGAUGGAGUCGUACGUACUGCCAAACCAGAAGAUAGACAACGGCACGCCAAUCACGAUGUUCCAAGUGCCACCGGAGACGGUUGAGCGAGCUGCCGGAUUGCUGUUCUUCGACAAGCUGGCAAGAAACAAGCUAGCCAAGAUAAAUGGCAAAAAGGUGUGAAAGGGAGAGUAUUGGAAUGUGCGAAAUAAAGCUACCGAAACCAAAA